AGGACACGGCGGAGCCAUGUCGGACCUGGGGUCAGAGGAGCUGGAGGAGGAGGGCGAGAAUGACCUCGGGGAAUACGAGGGGGCUCGGAACGAGAGCGGGGAGCGGCACGGGCACGGGAAGGCACGGCUGCCCAAUGGCGACACCUAUGAGGGGAGCUACGAAUUCGGCAAAAGACACGGCCAGGGUGUCUACAAGUUCAAGAACGGGGCCCGCUACGUCGGGGAAUAUUUCAAUAAUCAGAAGCACGGCCAGGGCACGUUCUACUACCCAGACGGGUCUCGGUAUGAAGGGGAGUGGGCCAAUGACCUGCGGCACGGGCACGGUGUGUACUACUAUGUCAACAACGACACGUACACGGGCGAGUGGUUCAACCACCAGAGGCACGGGCAGGGCACCUACUACUACGCCGAGACGGGCAGCAAGUACGUGGGCACCUGGGUGCGUGGGCAGCAGGAGGGAGCCGCCGAGCUCAUCCACCUCAACCACAGAUACCAGGGCAAGUUCCUGAACAAGAACCCCGUGGGACCAGGGAAGUAUGUGUUUGACAUUGGCUGUGAGCAGCACGGCGAGUACCGCCUGGCGGACACGGACAGAGGAGAAGAGGAGGAGGAGGAGGAGGCGCUGGUGACGCUGGUCCCAAAGUGGAAGGCGACCAAGAUCACGGAGCUGGCCCUGUGGACGCCAACGCUGCCUGAGGAGAAGCCGUCCGCAGAGAAGAGCGGCCAGGAAGAGGCGGUGCCUGAGGGGGGAGCAGAGGCUGUCGAGGCCAUGACUGACUUUUCCGACGAGAUGGAGACAGACUUCAAGAUCGGCGAGGAGGAGGAGACCCGGGAUUAUGAAGUCCAGGACGAGUUUCGGCCCAAUGACCUGGACCUCGGAAAUGCUGCUGUUGACGAGGAUGAGGCCCGGCAGGCAGAGGUGGGGGACUGAGUGGAGCUGGAUGGUGAGGACGCA